AAUGGCAAAUGGUAGCCGGCAUUUCUGUACAAUUAGUUUAAUCUUGAGGUUGUCUUUCUCUGUAUUGCGUCGUUUCAAAACCUCUUUUGUGUUUCUGUUGUAACUUGUAUCCUAUAUUAAAUUCUGCAUAAACAGGAAACUAAAAUACUUCUGUUUAUUAAGGACUGUUGGUAGGUACUUGAUAUAAAACCAAUCGAAGGUCAUUGAAAGUACGUAGAAGAGGUGUUGCAAAGACGUUUUAGACGAAGAACAAUAUAUAUACUCUAAGAGAAAAUGAGUUGUUUCUCGUGUUUCUCUUCAAAAAAUUUGGAAAAUGAAGGUUCUUCCAUGCCUGCUCCGUAUAGGCAAACAGGCUCACCUAAUAAUCAGAGAGAGAGAACAAGAGAAGUAGGGGCCAAUAAUGCACCCUCGCAAUCGAACAACAUCGAGGCUCAGGGUUUCUCAUUCCGUGAGUUAGCCACCGCGACAAAUAAUUUCAGGCUAGAGAACCUCAUUGGCGAAGGCGGCUUCGGGCGGGUCUAUAAAGGAAAGCUCGACAAGACAGGACAGGUCGUGGCAGUGAAACAGCUUGAUAGGAAUGGACUACAAGGACAAAAAGAGUUCUUGGUCGAGGUGUUGAUGCUUAGUCUUCUUCACCAUUCGAAUCUUGUGAACCUAAUUGGCUACUGCGCUGAUGGAGACCAAAGACUUCUUGUUUACGAAUAUAUGCCUCUUGGAUCCGUCGAAGACCAUCUCCUCGAUCUUGAACCGGAUCAGAAACCACUAGACUGGAACUCACGUAUUAAGAUCGCUUUGGGAGCAGCAAAAGGACUUGAGUAUCUCCAUGACAAAGCCAAUCCUCCGGUGAUUUAUCGAGACUUUAAAUCAUCAAAUCUAUUGCUUGACCAAGAUUUCGACACAAAACUGUCCGAUUUUGGUUUAGCAAAGCUUGGUCCUAUUGGAGACACACUACAUGUGUCUUCCCGAGUUAUGGGAACUUACGGUUACUGUGCUCCUGAGUAUCAGAGAACCGGCCAUCUUACGGUUAAAUCAGAUGUCUAUAGUUUUGGAGUUGUGCUGUUGGAACUGAUAACUGGAAGACGAGUUAUCGACACAAUUAUGAGACCUAGUCAUGAAAUAAAUUUGGUUACUUGGGCGCAACCAAUUUUCAGAGACCCAACUAGAUUCCCACAGCUAGCUGAUCCAUUGCUUCGAGGCGAAUUUCCAGAAAAGAGUUUAAACCAAGCUGUAGCUGUAGCGGCAAUGUGCCUGAAUGAAGAACCUAUGGUUAGACCACUAAUCAGCGACGUUGUUACAGCCCUCAGCUUCCUCGGUGCAUCUUCCGAUUUUUCCAACGCUGAUUCUAGCCAUUUACAACAAAAUCCAUCAGAGAUAUAUCAUGAUGCAGUUCAGUGGGAUUCAAGUCCUAGAUAAAGUUAUUUGCUCAUGUAGACAUUUUAAUACGAUAUGACCCAACAAUUCAAAAGAUAUUGUAUGUUUCUUCCGUUUGAAAUAUUCAUUUAAUUUAUUUUUCAUUUACGUUGUUUUUAUCAACAUAUUUCACCUAAACAGCAAAAUACAAAAAUGAUAAUUGAUGAUCAAUGAGUGAUGUUAUAUGCCGCACCGAGACGAACAUGGGGACUGAAAUGGAUAUGAAAAUGGGGAUGGAAAAUGGCAAAAUUAAAAAUUAACAGAUAUGUAAAAUAUUUAUAGAUUGACAAAAUAAAAGAAUCACAAAACAAAUCUUAACAUAAAAAUCACUUUAGAAUAAUAUUUUAAAUAAUAAUAAUAAAAACAAUCAUUAUAAAGUUAUUAUCAAAAUUUAGUUUAUCUGGUAAAUGGUUUAAAACUCUAACAACUCUAAUUAAUUCUAUGUCAAUAGGACAUGUUGUUCGCAUCUAUGUUAAAAUUUUAUUUCUUUCAAAUUUUAUUUUGAAUAAAAGGUCAGUGAAUUAGAUUAAAAUACUAUAAUUUGAAGAAAAUCCAUUUCAAAACAUCCUUAGAUCAAUUAUCGCAUGCAUCGCAUCCUCAAGAUGUCCAGUAACGUUUC